AUGCCGACACGCGUCCAAGGCUCCUCCGACCGACAAGACCAAUCCCCGUCGCCAUCGCCAUCGCCAUCGCCAUCGCCAUCGCCGGCGCAGCCAAACCUCGCCAUGAGGCAACGCUCCGAAGCACGUCCCAUCUCUGGCUCCAAGAGGAAGCGCGCAAGCACCGCCAACGGGCAGUCAAACCAGCGACAAAGACAGUCCCUCCCCGAUGGAGACAGUGACCAAGACGAGGAAGACGUCUUCGAUCCCGACCAGCCUGUGGAGGAGCGUCGGACGGUGCAAAAGGGCUACAGGGACCUCCUGCGUGACAUUACAGAGAACGGGGACGAAUACCUGAACAACAAUGACUCCAAGGGCUUGCAUGAGACGAUUCUUAAAGCAGACGCGCUGUCCAAGAAGCUGCGACAGACAACCGAAGCCACCAUCGACUCACGCUUGCUGGUCAGCACCACAGACCUAUCGUACCGCAAGACACUGCGCCUUAUGCAGGGCAGCCUGUCGCAAGGCAUAGACACCGACGAAUUCGUGUCAAAGUGCAUCACCUACAUGAGGCAAGGUGCCGGAAUCGUAGACGACGACGCGCCAGAGCUCUCCAGCACCCAGAGACAACGCCGAAGGUCAAGUCGUGGCGGCGGCGGCGAUGACUACGACGACGACAUUGGCGACGAGGGAGACAUGAUGAACUGGUCGCACCUCGGCCGGUUCGCCUGUCUGCCACAUAUAAGGCGACCCGCCCUGCCUGGGUUCCUCCUUGGCCCCCUGUCCGUGGAGAAGAAGGCGCGCAAGAUCACCAAGCGAAGCGCCCCGUUUCGCCCAAACAACCUGACUGAGACGAGGCCCGAGGUGCUCAACGUCGAUGACCUUGCCAAGAGGGAAAACGACUUGACAGCAAUCUGCGGCAAGAUUCUGCAGCAGUUGCACAAGAUCCAGGUGGAGACACAAGAGCAGGUCGCCGAGCUGAUGGAGGACGACAUGGACGACGAAGAAAAGACAAGAGUCAUGCAUCAGUACGGGCUCCGCAGCACGGGAGGCAUCGAUCUUAUGCGAUUCGUCGUCAACCCAAAGUCAUUUGCCCAGACUGUCGAAAACAUGUUCUACGUCAGCUUCCUCAUCCGAGAUGGGAGGAUAGAGAUUGACUUUGACGAAUUCGAUCUCCCAGCUCUAGCGCCGGUGGAUCGAGAAGCCGGUGGCGAGGACGCCGCCCGUCAUGGCGCGUCUAAACACCAGGCCAUUUUAUCCAUGGAUAUGCAGACUUGGCGCGAGAUCAUUGAAGUCUUCAACUUAACGGAGCCCAUGAUUGAACACAGGCGAGAAGCGGCCAGCUCCGGCCCGGGAGCUCGGGGCUGGUACAGCUAA